AUGAACAGAGAUGUAAGUGCGACGGGCGCAGGUAUUAUACGUCACAUUAGAAAGACUACAUUUCCCAUUUCCCAUUUCACUGAAACUACGCUAGACAACAUGGCAGGAGUCGGGGCUUUCCUGAAAAAUGCGUGGAACAAGGAGCCUGUUAUCUUUGCCUCCUGUGGUAUUGGGCUGUUGGGUGUCAUUUUGCCUUUCAUCAGCCCCUAUACAAAAUAUACAGCAAUGCUGAAUGCUGCUGUGCCAUACAACUAUCCAGUUCCUGUGCGGGAUGAUGGAAACAUGCCUGAUGUUCCUUCCCAUCCAACUGACCCAAAGGGAAACAAGUUGGAGUGGUUUAAAUCAUUCUAAUUUCUUCUCACAAUCGAGGCUUGUGAUGCUCCUCUUGUCCAUAUGUCUGCAUAGUUGCCCCUGUUGUCAAUGUUUCAAAAUAAAGAUUCUAUUUAAUUCUAA